AAGCUUAGUUUGAAGGGGUCAGACCGGGUUCGGCCCGGGUAGCCCCAAUGCCUUCCGCGGGACGGGUGGGGACGCUUCGGGCCCAGUAGCCGAGAGGCGCAGCCCGAUGACGCUCUGCGCCUGCGCCUGGGCAGGCGAAGCGGGCACGACCGGGGCGGGGCGGGCGGCCACGGUGCCCUGUGCUCUACCGCCGUCCCCGGGAGAGGUGAUGGGGAAGAAGCAGGUGGUUAGCGAGCCUCAGCGUCCUCCACGAGCCCUUCCACCUGUGCCAAGUGCUAUCCAAGAUGAGAUUCCACUUAGUCAUCCUAAGAAAAAGAAGUCGAGAACAAAAAGCACACUAGCUACUGCUUCUUCCGAAGGCCUUGCUGAGGCCGUUGUUAACAGGAGGGCUGAGGGCAGUGAGCCACCAGCUGCAGAACUCAAGGAGUACCCAGAAGCUCCUGUUCAGAGGAGACAGAAGAAGAUCAGACCACCUCCUGAGUUGGAGUCUUCCUUCACCGAAAAGCCACCUAGUCCAUCUCUACUACGGAACGAAAAUGGCAUUGAUAUUGAGCCUCGGGAGGAGGCAUCGAUUCCAAAACCUCGAAAGAAGGCCAAGAAAACCCAGCCAGCUGAAGCACAGUAUGCUCGCGAGCUCGGAGUAGAAGAUGAAGACAUAGUCACAGAUGAGCGGAGCACUCUAGAACAUCACUCUAGGUUCACGGCACCCACUGGAGUUAGCCAGCCUGUUGGCAAAGUAUUUGUGGAAAAAAGCCGGAGAUUUCAGGCAGCGGAUCGUUCCGAGUUGAUAAAGACCACAGAAAACAUAGAUGUGUCAAUGGACGUGAAGCCAUCCUGGACUACCCGUGAUGUGGCACUCUCCGUGCACCGAGCUUUCAGGAUGAUUGGUCUGUUUUCUCAUGGCUUCUUGGCUGGCUGUGCUGUGUGGAAUAUUGUUGUGAUCUAUAUUCUCGCAGGAGAUCAGUUGUCUAAUGUCUCCAACCUUCUGCAGCAGUAUAAGCCCUUGGCACACCCCUUCCAGAGCCUUCUUUACUUGCUUUUGGCUCUAAGUACAGUUUCAGCAUUUGACAGGACUGACUUUGCUAAAACGUCAGUAGCAAUCCGGAACUUUUUGGCCCUGGAGCCAACAGCUUUAGCUUCUUUUCUGUAUUUUACUGCUCUAGUACUAUCCCUGAGUCAGCAAAUGACCAGUGACAGAAUCCACCUUUACGAACCUUCUGUCAAUGGAAGCCUCUGGGCAGCAGAAGUUGAGGAACCAAUUCUCAUGCCAUGGAUCAUAGUGAAUCUGGUGGUGGCUCUUCUGGUUGGAUUAUCCUGGCUCUUUUUGUCUUACAGGCCAGGCAUGGACCUUAGUGAAGAGUUAAUGUUCUUUUCUGAUGUGGACCCGGAAAAAGGAAUCAGAGCAUCUCCAUAGAGCCGACUCCUCCAUAGUGCCAGCUCCUCCAUAGAGCCGGCUCCUCCAUAGUGCUGGCUCCUUCCCUGCAGUGACACCUGCGUUCCCCGCUCCUGUUUUUAAGUGUAUUUUUUUAUAAGAUACAUGUAUUUAUAAUUGAGCUUUUGUUACACAGUGCUGAAAUGCUACUGGAGAUUAUGAAAAAUGUUUAAAUUACAUCUGGUCUUUAUACGAAACAUUAACGUCUUUAUUAUUAGCACCUUAGUGAUAAGAGAUAAUGAGCUAAAAAAAAAAAAAAGGCAGGUGAUGUGUUUGUUUCCUGUUCUCUCAAAUUUGCUAAUGUCAUAAUUAUUAUCUAAAAAGUAACAAUUUAGAAAAGCCUUAAAUUCAGUGUUAUAAAAUACACAUCAAGUUUAAAGGUAAAUUUAGAGAAUGGGGAAGAAGGGAAAAUGUCUUCAUUUUAUAUUUUUGAUGUCUUCUUAUUGAACACUCUGCAGUAUUUAAUUUGUGUUUUCUGAAUCUGGCCAGUGUUGUGUAUCAUGUAGUAAUUAUGAUGCUGUAUAGCUAAUAAAACAGAAAUACAUCUCUUCAAAAAG